AUGGCGUUGCUGUUUCUCAGGAAUAAAAUAUUCCCGUCGUGGGACCAGCGCGACAAGAACAAGAAAGUGACCUGGUCGAAACGAAGUGCUGCCUCGUCGCCUGACUUGCGACAACCCUUGCUCAUCUACGACCCAGAUAAUUUAGACGGCGCAACCGUCGAUGGAAGAAGCGAUGCAGAUAUCGAAGCACAAACGGCCGGAUCCUACAGCACCUUUGUAGGGACCAACAACGACAACAGUCAAAACGGAGACGACGCGUCAGUCCAUAGCAGCGAGAGCGGUCGAUCUCGCAUCAACCCGAGAUUGAUAUCGGACGCGAUUCUGGGUCUUUCAGAUGGACUUACAGUUCCCUUCGCUCUGAGUGCUGGUCUCUCGGCUAUUGGCGAUACAAAAGUUGUUGUCCUUGGUGGAUUGGCAGAGUUGAUUGCUGGCGCGAUCUCUAUGGGUUUAGGUGGCUACGUUGGUGCGAAAAGCGAGCUUGAGUCGUAUGAGGCGACAGUGCGCGAGGUUGAUGCGAUCCUUUACGACCCUGGCGAGACUCAGUCUAUGAUUACCUCUACCUUUGCAAAGUACAACCUCUCACCGAGCACCCUCGAUGAGAUUACCAAGUCUCUCCAGGCUGAGCCGGAGAGACUGCGCGACUUUCUUCUUAACUUCCAUUACCGUGAAUCAGAGCCAGACUGCAAUCAAGCGUCCAUGUCAGCUCUGACAUUGACCCUUGGCUACUUCAUCGGUGGCUUCAUCCCACUAAUUCCAUAUUUCAUUGCCGACCAGGUUUACACCGCUUUCAUCGCAAGUGUCAUUGUCAUGGCCGUCACACUUUUUGCCUUUGGAUAUAUCAAAACUUGCAUUGUGAGGGGAUGGCAAGGCGGGGUCAAUAUCUGGGCUGGUGUGAUUGGAGGCAUUCAGAUGUGUGUGGUUGGCGGUCUUGCUGCAGGCGCGGCAGUAGCGCUAGUCAAAUUAAUCAACAACGAAGGCAAUGUUUAG